GACACGAUUCUCAAAGUAUGUCUCAAUCAAUACAUUACCGCAGAUUUGAAGCUUGACUUAAAAGAUGACAAGAAAUCGAUCACUUGGUCUGCCAUUGACUACAGCGAAGAGACUCCAAAUCCGGAGAUAUUUUUGUUGCGUUUGAAAAACCCUGAGAACGCGGAACUAUUUCUCAAUGCCUUCCGGAGCGCACAGUCGAGACUUGAAGUGAAUAAAAGUUGCACUUCUGUUGAGAAACAAAACACUUUGAAUUGCAAUCAAAAUCUUAAAGAUACUCAAACUAAAGAGUCCACAAAUAGUGUCCCAAAGUGUCACUCAAAAUCAAGUGACGACGACAUCGAAAUUGUUUACAUGAAAGCCCCGGAGUCUGAAGAAAUCCUUAGGAAAGUUAAAGAAUUACAACUUCCGCUCAAUUUCUACGACUACGAGACUAUGGAGCCGUGUAAGGGGUGUCGGGGCUGUCGAGACGAUGACUACUACUUUAAGACCGACUCUAAACCACAAGUUAAGGAUCAUUCAAACCCUGACGACUCGAACUCCAAUAGCUUAUUCAGAUCGGCUAUCGCUGCCACAAAUGUUAGUCAAUCUGAAUGGAAAACUAAUAGUAGUCCGAAGUCAUGGAUGACUAGUACUCCGGCGCCACUAUUUUCCAGCGAACACAACACCUCCACAGGAGAUGAC